AUGCUGUGGAUAUUUCGCCACUUACCAGUCCUCCUUUUCCUCUCUAAUAUUGAGUAUGGAAAUGCUAAUAAUCAAUGCAGGACAGAGGUAAACAUUCAAGGUAUGGCUCUCAAGCGAUCCGUCUUUAAAAGGUGGUCGGUGGCGGCUCCACAUCUUUGCGAUGUGAAAUGUGGACAAGAGAUCACGUGCCAGAGCUAUAACUACAAUAGGAAAUACAAGAUAUGUGAACUAAAUAACCGCACCAAGGAGGCAAGACCGGAAAAUUUCCUCUCAGCACCUGCAUGGUUUUACAUCCGGCGGUUGAACGGCAGAGGUAAGUAGGCAGAGAUCAGAGUACGAUGUAUCUUUCUCAUAAGGAUUCUCAUCAGCAUUUACUUUUUUGUUGUUCCAGAGACAUAACAGAAAAAAUUUAUUCCGAAAACGUGAAGGAUAGAAAUUCUCCCUGCAAUUUUCUCACUCAUCUUAGCUUUUCUCCUAUUAAAGUUAACAUUGACUUAACUUACAACUGCACAUCAGCAAAAUCGCCUAAAACAUAUAUCAAAACAAAAAGCCAAACUUUUAUUGCAGCUCCUUUGGGUUCUAUUCCUGAUUUACCAGCGUUAUCUUGUCACGAAAUAAAGGCGAGUGAAGGAAAAGACACUAUCAGCGGCAAGUACUGGCUGGAUCCAACCGGCACUAGGAAGGCAGUAUUGAUUUACUGUGACAUGAUUAAAGAGGGUAAGCGGCAGUCUGUGAACAAGUAGCUGUAAGCGUUUUGUCGCAGUUUUGGUUUCUUCUUUUUCAUUUGAUUUCAGUAGGCCAGUUUCAAUUUCUUUUGUUUCUCUUCGGUUUGAACCACUGUUUCUCCCCUGCAUUUUAGAUAUGGAUGAAUGCAAAGGAGACAACCAUGACUGCGACCCGAAUGCAAACUGUACUAACACUUAUGGUUCCUAUGAUUGUGCGUGUAUGGAAGGGUACACUGGUGAUGGGCACUCAUGUGCGGGUAAAGUUACCUUUAUUGAUCAAGAUGAUGAAAGCGCUUGCUUCGUUGUUUCCUGUAUUUCUUCUGUUCUUUCUUGCAUGCUUUCGCUUGCUUGCUAAGUUUCUCUCUUCCUACCUUUCUUUAUUUUCACCUUUCCUUCCGUCUUUCUCUCCUCUAUUUUUUUUUUAUUUCUUGUUUUCUCUGAUUACACCGCUUUUAUUCCGUAGAUGUUUACGAGUGUAUAAGAAACCAUUCUUGUCAAAUAAAUAGCAGCUGCACAAACAUCAGGGGAUCACGAUUUUGCGCUUGUCAGGCUGAGGUAGUUACUGAUGGAAGAAACUGUACAGGUACUAUGUUUUUCUUUUUCUUUGGUUUAUGUGACUUAUGUUCACAUAGGAGUUUACCGAAAGCCCCCUGAUUGGUUGGAUUAGGAUGGAGGCUGGAGGGAGAAACCUCGUAGCUGUUCGCAGUCCAUAAAGUGCAGUAACAGUGUUGACGAAAAAUUGUCAUCAUAUCACGUAGUUUUCUUAUGAUGCCGUUUGUCUUAUUCAUUUUAGAAAGAGAUCGGACAAUGCUGUUUCCACAGUACUACAACUUUCCCGGAAAACGCUUAGUAAAUCAUGUCAUCCACAAAGCGAGGUUGAGGAACUUAGAUGACUGCGUACUUUUUUGCUACCUGAACGACAAUUGCGUCAGUCUAAACUUCAAGAAAUAUGCAGAGAAUGGGGGAAUAACUUACAUCUGUGAAGUAAAUAAUGCCACUUAUCUUGAAUAUGACCUCGAUCUGAUAACUGACGGGAAUUUUAAUUAUCACGGUUCGAAGGUGAGUGAUUACUUUUUGGUCUUCUUGGGAAAGCUAUAACAGGCUUGUUAUUCAAUCUCAUUGACUCGUUAUUUUUUGGUUUUGCAUUCUUACAUCUUUUCGCUAUAAGGUUCCGUCGCCUUCAUAUUUAAUCUUUCAUGCGUUAUUUUCAUCUUUCUUUCGUCAUUUUCUUUACCCUUUCAGUCAUUCAUUUGAUCUUGGUGUAAUUCUAUUUUCCUUUAGAGUGCCUGCGAUAAGAAUUUACCGUGCCAAAAUAAUGCAACUUGUCAGUCUGGUUUCACAUUAAAGAGAUAUCGAUGCUCAUGCCCUCUUGGAUUCGAGGGUGAACGCUGUGAAAAAGGUACGUUUCAGAAUCAUUUGGCAAAAAUUUCAAUAGCAUUUUUAUGUUAAUAUACACGACUGCCACUAUGGUGGUUAACGUAGCUUUGAAAUUUUCUUAAUUUUAUCAAGUGUUUUUUUGUUUUAAUUUUUGUUUUCCAUGUUUCUUUUGAGUGCAAUCUGCAUAGGCUGUAUGGCUAUCGGAAGAAAAAUGACAGACUGACUUUAGCGCCUUUAAUAAAAAAUAUCUUCUUCCUUCUUUAUCCCUCCUCCUCUCCUUCUUUCAGUUUGUAACAAGCAUCGACGAAUGCGCCUGAGCAACUCCUCGCAAAUGUCACGUGAAGCUACGUAUAAUAACAUUCGUCUGUACCUGCAAACCUGGAUUUAUCAGAGAUAGGCGAAAUUGGACAGACGCAGCCAACAGUCUCUUUUUUGUUUUUAUGCCCUUAUAACAAAGAUGGGGCUUUUGCUCGUCUUUCAGCCCAGUUCUGGCGGCAAAAGUGAAAAGUCGCCAAAUUUAUAGCAUUCUGGCGAUCUCCCUUUCUAUCAGUGUGAUGACGUUCGCCUUGGCAUUUUAUCGGCAGUAUCGCAAUAAUUUAUUCCUUUUCAUUUUUUCACUUUUAAAAUAUAUUUCUAACAUCUGUGAUUCCUUAGAUAUUGACGAAUGUAAAAGAAAUCUUUCCUCUUGCCACGUAAAUGCUGACUGCCUAAACACCAUUGGAUCGUAUGUUUGUCGUUGUCACACUGGAUACAUUGGGGACGGCACCACUUGCAAUGGUAAUUCAAUUGUCUUCUUCUACUUCUUCUCGAGUGUUAUGAAAAUAACCAAGAUCUUACAGUUGUGGCAUGCUGAGUUUAAAUCUGAUGAUAAAAAUAGCCAUAGAGUGACAAUUCACUCUUGCUUACUUCAAGGUAUUUUGUUAAAAAAAAAAAACACACACACACAAACAAAUAUUGGCUUCAGAUGGAUUCUCUUUUGUCACUUUCCUUUUUCGUAACCAUUGAAUAACAAUAAUAAGCCCUCCCCGAACUGCAGUUAAUUUUCACUUCUAGAGGAAAAGGAACAGCAGGAGAGAGGAGCAUGUCCUCUCUUGGAGAGAGUGGUUCAUAAACGUUUCUGAUCUGUUUUUACUGAGGCUAAUGGUGUAAAAGUGUUAAUUGUAAUUUUUUUUUUGUUUACCUUUCAGCUGAUGUGUGCCAAUUCUACACUGUUCUGGAAGAUUAUGACAGAGACGUUAAGAACGAAACCCUGUCUGGAUAUGUAAAAUGUGACGAUAAUCUGAACUCCGGUUGGUAUCGCUUCCUGAACAUUUCAGGAAUAACAAUGCCGACUACAUGUCCACCUCGUUACACUUGCGGUACAAUAUAUCCAGGUUGGUUGAUAGGCGAUCAUCCCACAGUGGAUGAGGGAGAAGUAAUAAGGACCGUCUGCUUCAGCAGGGGCUUAGGCCGGUGCUGUGAGAAAGAUUACUUCAUUACGGUGAAGAACUGCAGUUCCUUUUACGUCUACCUUUUAGGAGCUAUCCCAUGUCCGUAUCGUUACUGUUUCACGUACAACUAAAUAUUACAAAACUAUGGAUACAGUCAUUUUUGUCCAGGUUUGAUGGCAAGUAUCGUUUAGUACGAGCUUCACUAUUUAUCUACUGGGCUUCUAU